CAAAAACAAUUUUCCUUUCAAAUCUUUCAGCAUUCAAAAUUCCAUUCACCUCUGUAUUUACGGAAAACAAUCUUCGAUAUACAAAACAAACUAUUUCAUAUAGAAUAAACAGAUAUUCCAACUGUGUUUAUUAAUAGGAACUUGUAUACAAUUCAUAAGGAGAUCAAAAUUACAUAUAUUACAAACAGUUCGAGACAAUGGAGACAGAAAUUAAUGUAACGAUUAUAUACUGCCCAAAUAAAACGGAAUCUACUCAAAUGAGCGGAACAAGAACGCUUUGAACAAAAGGGACAUCCUGAUGCCUAUAUAGACACACAUAAUAUUACUAUUCAACAACAAAAUAAACAAUUCUAAACUCUAAAACAAUGCCACUAAGGCUCAACGACAACGUAUUCGUAAUUUUGCUGGUGAAAUGGAACGUUCCUGUUGCCCGAAGCCAGUUGAUUUCCAGCCAGUGCCGCGCGCGGCGCCACUGUCGACGGUGGGCGUCGUUACGCGCUCCCAAAUACAAGCCCGCGCUUUUUUCUCUAGCCAUCCGAAAAAAAUAUAUUAAAAAUAUAAAACGCAACGGUAAAAUAUCGAUAUUCUGAAUAAAAAAUCUCGAGUGAUCAAAACGAUCGGUGAUUAUUAUCUGUGUUACGUUCGUAAUCGAUUACGUUUACAAAAUAACGAUACAAAAAUAGUGUUUAUAAGCGUUUUACGGUGCAGAUCGGCAUGGCGGUCGCGUACUAAAUAUUGGGUGUAUUUUCACCGAAUAGACGAUUAUUUCGCUACAUCGGACAACACAAAAGAUGAACAAGAAACAAUUUAAAACUUAAUUAAAAAAGUCUUUUACCAAAGAAAACGAAACAUUCCCAAAGAUAAAACCAAAGACAUGUUGCAAAUAAAGUGCUAAAUUAAAAAAAUACUGUACCGACUCAAAAUGCGUCGAGACUGCCUCAAAUUGAGACUCAGCGAUCCAAGUCCAGGGUCUCUGUCGUUCCACGCCUCAGACUCGGAAGAGGAGAGCUCAGAUCGAGGCAGCAGGAGUUCAAGAAGUGGGAUGGAGGAGCCACAUGUAUUGCCUAUUACUGUGACAGCUGCACAGGACACACGAACGCAUGUGGUGGUGGAAUUGUAUGAGACUGAGAAGUCGUACGUGGAGGCAUUGGAGAUAUUAGUCAAGAAAUAUCUCCAACCUCUAAAAAGUCCGGAGAACGCUGGUCUUCUCGACGCAUUCCUAGUGGACGAGAUCUUCUACCAAGUGCCGGGGAUCCUGAACGUGCACCAGGUCUUUUUGGAACAGCUGAGGCGGAGACUUGAACAAUGGGAUCUGCAGCAGAAAGUCGGAGACGUGUUCUUAGAUGUGUUCACAAAACCAACGGUAAUGGACACCUAUAUGACCUUCAUCAACAACCUGAAGAAGGCCAAGGAAACUAUCAAGACAGCAGCAGCAUCACGACCAGCCUUCGCCAAGUUCCUGGAUGCUAUGGCGAGAGACCAUAAGGGGAAGCUAUCGUUGGACAAUUUGCUCAUAAAACCUGUGCAGAAGUUCCCAUAUUAUAAGCUGUUGAUACAGAGGCUGAUUAAGCAUACAGACCAGUCACAUCCAGACCACAAACUUCUGCUAGAAGCUCAAAAAGAGAUCCACGAUCUGCUAGAACUGAUAAAUUGUACCGAGAGGGAGAGUCUAGAGUUGGAGCAGCAGCAGCAAACGCUACGGGAACUGGAGCAGAUGAUAGAAGGACUAUCCAACUUGGUGUCCUUGGACCGAAUGUUCCUAAGACAUGAGACAGUGACCAUGCCAUCAGCUCAGGGGACGAUAAAGGAUAGAGCCUUGUUUCUCUUCAAUGAUACUCUGCUGAUUACCAGUGUUAAGAGGAGGACGGGAACUAUUAAGAAGCCUACACCAACAUACCAAAGUAAUAUAGCAAGUCAGAUGGAGGGCAACAAGUACAAACUCCUUAUGAGGAUAUCGCUGGCCGAUCUCGAGAUUGUUAAAGCUAAAGACGAAAAUCUAAGGCGGAUUAUGCAUGAGGUGGAAACACUGACGGAGGACGUGAACACACUGACUCAGAUAUCGGAGAGUGUGGCGGCGUUGCACACACAGCAUUUGCAACUGGAGGAGAUAGUCAGGGAGAUGCUGCAUUCGCUGAACAGGCAGCUAUCUGAACGACAGAAUAGUGAUACACAGCUGUGUUAUAUGGAGAUCAGUUUGAACACUUCAAAUGGUCCCGAGAACAUCACAAUAAUUUAUCCUAAAGCAGAGAAAAGGAGCAGCUGGGAGGAAUUGAUAAAUGAGACUAAACAGAAAUUAUGUGUGUACGGUCAAGAGCGUCCAGCCCCAGAGUUUCUGUCACCUGUUCCCAUCCGUAAGACUCGUGCUGGUCUGCAGUUCACUUGCGCCGCUCCUACUCUGCCACCCAAGGGACAGUCUCCUGAUGUCUGGGUUUGCAACAGUGAUGGCUACGUCGGUCAGGUGUGCGUGCUGACUCUGUCACCCAAGCCGCAGGUGACGUCAUGCAAUGGCGUCUGUAACGCACGGAUCCUCUGCGUCGCGUGCGUUCCACCUGCACCUGCACUCACUCGCCAGCAGACUGUCGAUAUACCAAGUACGAGCUCGCUGAACAGCACCAGUUCAGUAAAGCCUGGUAUCAGCAUAUCUGAUCCUGAUGACAGCUGCAAGAAUAUUCGGCUGGAUAGUUCAUCCUCCAGCGAUGAAGAAGACGAUGGCUCUUCAACCAGUGAGAACCAGGACGCUCAAUCAGAACGGAGCCAGGAGUCAGCCACUAUCCGCUUGCACAGCAGCCUGACGGCCAGCUUGGGUAAUCAUCGCACCACGCUGACUCCAAACCACAGCAAGAGUCUGAGCACUCCUCAUACUGGACAGAGCAUCCAAGUCCACCCUGUCAUGAAGUCCAGCUCCAACCCAGCUGUAGACAAGCAAGCUAUGGGGAUUAAUUCUGUAACUGGACGUGCCAUGUUGGGUACACUGUCAUCUCCAGCAAGUCGUCAGUCUUCAGAGGAUAGUGGCACUACUGCCAACCAGCCUACCAUGUGGCUAGGAACUGAGGAUGGUUGUAUACAUGUGUACAACUGCCUGGACAACAUUAGGAUAAAGAAGAAUAAAGUGAAGCUGCAGCACAAUUCGGGGGUGCAUUCCAUUGUUUACGUGGAGGGAAAAGUAUUUGUUGCACUUGGCAACGGCGAUCUAGUCGUAUACUGCCGGGAUAUUGAUGGUUCGUGGACGGAGCGGUCAACGAUCCCGGUGGGCACGGGCAGCAGCCCGGUGAGCAGCAUGCUGCUGUCCAGCGGCAAGCUGUGGUGCGCCACGCACGCCUCCAUCAAGAUCAUCAACCCGCAUACACUGCAGGUGGACGAAACAUUCCAAAUAAGUUCAGAGACGAAGCCGAUCAGCCACAUGGCGGUGGCAGGUGGUACAAUAUGGCUGUCUCUGCACAAUGCUGCCCAGCUCCGCUGCUACAACUCCAGCAGUCGUGAGCAAUUGGCCGAGAUCAAUAUCACGCCGCAAGUUACUAAGAUGUUGCAUGGUUGCGACGAUAUAAUUCGUCAGCACAAAGCGGCGUGUCUUCGCGUGACAGCCCUACUGGCUCACCGUGAUACACUUUGGGUGGGCACCAGUGCUGGCGUGCUCCUCACGGCACCGCUACACAACUCACCCAACCCUAGGACUGGAGCUUUCACUGUUCCUCAUCUGACUGGUAUUACCUAUGGACAUACUGGCCACGUGAGGUUCCUAACGAUCGUAGAGAACCCCGCCGCUCAAAAGCAGCCAGCGAAACAGACACAGACGUCAUUGAAGACAAAGGCAAUAAGUCGCAGGUCGACAAACGCCGAGAAACUACAGAAACAAACUGAGCCAGCUCAGAAUAACAAGGAAACCCUCAUCAUAUCUGGUGGAGACGGAUACGAAGACUUCAGGAGUUCCACCAUGACAGAAGACGCAGGCAGAGAAGAUUCGACCAAUCAUCUCCUUCUGUGGAGGGUCUGAACGAAUUUUGCGGCCUACAGGGUUCUAGAACUUUCCGGCGCACACUGCGCCACGGAUUUUGAGAAUUGACGUUUUGAAUAUUCUUCGUACAUUUCACACGUCAGUGGAAGCCUAAAGGUUUUAUUUUUUAAAUGUUUUCGUCAAUGAAUGUUAGUGUUAUUCCAGCUUUCAUUUGGAAACGUUGAUGUAUGUUAAAAAGUAUAAUAAAUCUUUUUGUGUUUUGCGCUUGUGAGCGUGAUAUGAGAUUAUUAACGUUAGGACAUGAAAUGUCGAAUUUUAUCAAUUUGUCCCAAAUGUAUCAAAAUUAAUUUAAACGUGCAGUAUUAUUAAAUAAAUUGGACCAUCUGUAUAAUGGCCUGUUGCGUACCUUAAAGACGUUUCUAUCAGUGUUUUAGAACUAUUUACAUGUAUCCUACCCAUAUCAAGGCAUAGUAUGUGUCUUUAUAAUAAUAUUAUCGUUGUCUGAGUAGUAGUGAACAGUUACAACUGUUGUAGGCUAUUGAAAUAAUGAUAAAUUUGUGUACCUAAGGGUUUUAGGUCUUCUAAAUUGUUCAUUACUUUCAUCGUCAUAGCUUUCAGAUUUUUCGUUACUCGUGCUUACUAGCUCAAUUUGAUUUUCACUAGACUUUAAUCUACUAGAGAUCUUGGCUUGAUAUAAUAAUAUACAUACUCAUGUGCAACAAGAUUUUCGAUGUUGAUGUCUAAAAUAUUAAUUAAAAUCUAGACUGAUCUCUUCGUCUAUUUAGGUGUAAUCUUUAGAUCUAUCUUUUAGAUUGAAUCUUUCUAAUUCAUGUUUCACAGUUUCUUCUAGAAAGUUGAGAAAGUAAUCAAGGGUAACAUCAGGAAUGUGUUUCGGAAACCAAAAUCAGUCUGUAAUUUAUAUUUUCUCGUUUAGCGUAGUAGUAGGUAUACAUACAACUGUUAUAUUCCGAAUGUACCUUGCCACGUCAUCAAAAUCUGGUCGAAAAAAUUAUAAUUUCAUGAUUGCUCAAAAAAGUUUUGAAAUGUUACCUGAUUUGACAUAUGCGAGCAACAAAUUUUUAAAAUAGGAUGUUUGGAUGAUGUAUCCUAUAUUUAUAAUAUUGCAGAAUAAUAAAAAAGUCGCACUAACAUGCCUG